AUGUCGGCGGCUGCACCUGUAGCCGCGGCCGAUGCCGGCGGCAGCAAGAAGAAGAAGACGCCGAGCCCGCUGCGGUCGAUUAUUGCCGGUUCGACGGCCGGUGCAGUGGAGAUUGCCAUUACCUACCCUGCCGAGUUCGCCAAGACGCGCACGCAGCUCAACCGCCGGCUUGCCGACGGCCAGAAGCUGCCGUGGCCCAAGUUCGGCCCGCAGUGGUACGCCGGCUGCACGACGCUCAUCAUUGGCAACUCGGCCAAGGCGGGCAUCCGCUUCGUCGCGUUCGACCAGUACAAGCGGCUGCUGGCCGACGAGAACGGCAAGAUGACGGGGCCGCGCACGGUGCUCGCCGGGUUCGGCGCCGGCGUCACCGAGUCGCUGCUCGCCGUCACGCCCACGGAGAGCAUCAAGACGACGCUCAUUGACGACCGCAAGCGGGCGCAGCCGCGCCUGCGCGGGUUCCUGCACGCCGUGCCCAUCAUUGCGCGCGAGCGCGGCCUCCGCGGCUUCUUCCAGGGCUUCGUGCCGACGACGGCGCGGCAGGCGGCCAACUCGGCCGUGCGCUUCUCGUCGUACACGUUCUUCAAGCAGCUCGCCGAGAGCUACACGGCGCCCGGCGAGAAGCUGGGCACGGUCGGCACGUUCAGCAUGGGCGCGCUGGCGGGCCUGGUGACGGUGGCCGUGACGCAGCCGCUGGACACGAUCAAGACGCGCAUGCAGAGCAUCGAGGCGCGCAGCGUCUACGGCAACAGCCUGCGGUGCGCGGCGCUCAUCUUCAAGCAGGAGGGCCUGCUGACGUUCUGGAGCGGCGCGCUGCCGCGGCUGGCGCGGCUGGUGAUGAGCGGCGGCAUUGUCUUUACCAUGUACGAAAAGAGCAUUGACCUGAUGGACCGGCUGGACCCAGAGUCGCGGUACAUAUAG